AUGCUUGAUAGAAAAUACAUCGUUCCUGCUCCCGUAGUCGAGAGCCACCGCUCAUUAGAUGCAUUGAUCGACGAAAUGGAGCGACUCAGCGGGCAAGACCUAUGCAUGCACAUAGAUAACAUGCUGUGUGUCUCUGGGCAAUACAACAUCGACCAGAUGCUCAGGAUCGAUCUUCUUCUUAGUAGAGCCCAUGAAAAACACCGUGAAGCAUGGUUCUACCAGCGCAUGUUUGAACUGGUACUCAAGAUGUAUGACUUCGGCAAUAGCUGGAGAAGCAAACUGAUGGCGCUACGCAUUCAUGAAAAGCACAGAUUCAGAAUGCACAGCAACCGUCAUGAGGCAUUGCCUCCAAACAUCAUGAGGGAAUCGCUUGGCAUAUGCAUGCAGUUCAUGCUGCAUAGACAGCCUAUCUGCACCAAGGUCGACAUUCUUGGAUACUGUGUGCUUGAAAUGAUGAGUGCUCUACAGCAAUCAUAUGAGGGCCCUGAUGAUAUCUUCUAUCUGAUUGAGUAUGUUUUCAGGUGUGAUCCAAGGAUUCUACUUCGGUGGGCAAAAAAUGCAAGUGUGAUGAACGAUUGGACUCUGCUCUACAUUGAAAACUACCCAGACUUCCUGUACACAGAGUUGAGGUACAUAAACAAUCCAAUGCUGUUACGAGAGAUAUUGGUCCAGCAAAAGUCGCAUAGGCUAUACGACUUUCUUUUUGUAAAACUAGGCAUGAUGUUUCCAUCAUACGAGCUGCUCGACAUCCUGGCUCAAAGCUACAGCGAGUCAGAUACAGAAUACACCUCUCGUAUAUUCAGUAAGGCGUUUUUCGAAAGCACAAGCAACGGAGAAAGGCUGCUCAAAGGAUUCAUCAAAAAGACAAAGACAAGCAUGCUCAGCAGUCUGUUUUACGAGCGUUGCAGUGAUGUGGAUGGAGAUUAUGUCGAGGCUCUUGCUGUUUGCAUUCAGAAUGUGGAUUUGAUCAGCAACGAAUGUGCUCGGAAGCUUGUAGACUCGCAAUAUUGGCCAUACAUUACUCAUGAGUAUGAAAGCUUUGCUGUCUUAAUGAAGCUGCUGAUGAGUAGGCAGAUUUCUCUCAAGAAGCAGUAUGGAUUUAUAAGCAGCAGCAUGCCUGUGUCUCUCGAUAGCCUGAAGAAAAUUCUAUUUGUUGCGCGGGAGGUUUCUGACAAAAGAGCGGAGGUGCUUGAAGCGAUUGCAUCUGUCAUAAAGAGAAUGCACAGGCACAUGGAUAGGUGUGCGCAAUGCAUUGGGAAAAGGAUCCAAAAGCUUUCAUUACAAUCUGUGGACAAUCUCAGCCACCCCGUGGACAAGGCUGUUCAGGCACAGAUGCUGGCAAUUGUAUACAGCAUCCUUGAUGCUCUGAGGGGCAGCACUAUUCCAACGAAGAUGUUGUAUACUCUUUCGUUGAUUGAUGCUGAGAUUUUUGGUAGAAAGGUUGUUCAGGAAGUCAGAUAUGACUGUUUUUUCAUCCAAUGCAUGAAUAUUGUGCUGAGAGAUGUUUCUGGACGAUUUAACAGCAUCCGGAGUGACAUAGUUCGAAUGGAUUUAUUCAAAAUGACUGGAUACUGGGAGGUAUGUGUGGUGAAGGCACUGAGCCUCAGGCAAUUUUGGAAUGCAACUAGGCAUUCCAGUAAUGGAGCCGAUAUGAGCAAUCGCAAGAAUAAUAGGCUGUACUCGCUUAGAAACAGUCUGAUCCAUUCGGAGUCGAACUUCAGCUGUGAAGAGCUUGUAGGUGCUGAUGUCCAUGCAGUUGAAUGCAGUAAUCCUCUGGAGUGCUUGAAUAUUGCUGAUGACAUGGUAAGGCUGAGAUGUCUUGUGGCUGAGAUUGAAAGCAAGAAGCGUGCCGAGGUGAUGGAUGCAUUGAUAAAACGACUUGAGAUAUCAAGCAGGGUGUGUGAGGGGAUGGUGUUUUGCAAAGAGUCGUUCAUUGCAUUCGAGAUGCCUUUCGACAGGUUUGGCUUUGAGCUUUCUUUUUUGCAAUGCGAGGAGGAUGGUGAGCAGGUAUUUGUGGAGUUUGAUGGCAGAGAUGCAAGGGUGGCAAUAGGAAGGACGAAUGGAAAGCUGUUUUUGAGGAGGAGUGCAGGAGGUGCUAGCGAACAGAGCCUGCUUGGAGAGGAUAGUAGGCCAAAGAUCAAUAUGAUUUUCAGGUCGUGGUACAAGUCAUCGAAGCUUGUGUUUGGAUUUGAUGAGAAGAUGCAUAGUGUAAAGAUUAGUGGAAUAAGGAGGAUAGUUGUGGGCAGUGGGUUUAAAGGAAUUGUUGAAAAGCUGUUUGUGUGUGAAUCCACAGCAUAUGGAGGAUGUGUGUCUAGGGCGCAAAGAGGCACACGCUUCUAUAUUGAUGUACUGUCUAAGAUUGAGAAGACACUGCUGUACAGGAAUAGAGCAGGCAUGUAUAUGGAUAGUGCCCGGCCGUACUUUAUAAGCAGAAGUAUUGACGUUCAAAUAAGCAAUGUGAUUGAUAACAAGAAUGUAUACUGGCAGCAUAACAAAUCAGUUAAGAAGUUGCUGAGCAUUAAUGACGAGCCCAAUCAGGCUCUUGGUAAGAAGCAAGCAUCUAUUGGACUUUCCUCUCUCAUGGGCAAACCACAUUGUGACUUGCCUAUCAACAAUAAUGCAUAA